ACCUCGUCGCCGAUGGCCUCUCGAUGGGCAUGGGCGACUAUCUCAGCACGCAGGCCGAGACGGACCUCAUCAACCACGAGCGGUCCCGCGAGCUCUGGGAGAUGGAGAACUUCCCCGAAGGCGAGAAGGCCGAGAUGAUCGAGCUGUACGAAGCCAAGGGCAUCUCAUCCGAAGACGCCAAGCUCGUUGUCGACACGCUCUCCAAGUACAAGGAGGCGUUUGUCGACAUUAUGAUGGUCGAAGAGCUCAAGCUCAUGCCCGUCGACGACGACGAAAACCCGUUCAUCGGCGGCCUCAUCACGUUUGGCUCGUUCGUGCUCUUUGGCGCGGUCCCGCUCCUCUCGUAUUUGAUCAACUUGCUGCCGGGCGUGUCGCUCACGGGCGACCAAGCGCUCUGGGGCUCGUGCUUCCUGACUGUCCUCACUCUAUUUAUGCUCGGCGCCGUCAAGGGCCAGUACGUUGGCCAAAAGUGGUUCCUCUCGGGUAUGUACAUGGCCAUCAACGGCACCGUCGCCGCCGGCAUGGGCUGG